CGCACGGUUCGGAUCCCGCCUCAAUCAUAUCUCCUGACGCUGCCGUCGCAUCAACGACCGACCUUUGUCUGUGAGAUGAAAUAGAGAGGACUCCCACAUGCUCCGUUCACACCCUCCCCCAAGUCUCGUCUAAAAAUCCCAGUCUUACAUGUGUUGCAUGUUUGAACGUGCGUUACUUCUACCCACGAAAGACUGUUGCAUCUGCCUUCCCAUCCUUUGCACGAUGUCUAUAAGAGCGACGCGGGGGGCUACGUGAAACAAGCUGAACCCGAACCUUCUCCAAAGCCAAGUCCCAGAUGAUCUCUUUCAACGCAAUCUACCUCGCUAGUUUCGUCGUUCUUGCAUCUGCGCAGAACAUAUUACUCACGAAUGACGACGGUGUGGCACAAGAAGAGUGGAUGAUUCCGCAGAUGCUGAUGAGAAGUCUAGGAUGGGCCGUGGCUCUGGUUCGCGCACAGAACGAUGCCCUCAACGCCGCCGGUUACAACGUCGGCAUUACGCCAUCCGGUCUCCUGGUAUUCUCCCACUCACAUGCUCCCCAGGUCGUCUUGUCCUGCCCGGCGAUCAAUAAAUCUGGCACCGGUUCGUCCACGACGACUCCGACAAAGCUCACACAGCCGUGCGAGUUCAACACGUGCCCGACUGGGUCCCCCGCGGAGGGUUUCAACGCGACGAAUUCUCGCCUGAAUUGGGUCAACGGCUUCCCUGUUGAUUCUGCGAAAUUUGGUAUCCAGACGCUGGGACCUAAGUUCUUCGGCGGCGCGAAGCCCGUCUUCGUUGUCAGCGGACCAAACGUCGGAAAUAAUCUCGGAAGCACGGUUUUGGUCUCUGGCACAGUUGGGGCCGCCACCGAAGCCGCGAAGGAGGGAAUCCCUGCCGCAGCCUUCUCUGCCGCGACGGGCGAUCAGAUUUCGUUCACCACGUUGACCACCUCGCCGAACUCGACAGACUCGCGCGCCGCCAUCGUUUACUCCCAACUCACCACGAAAGUCCUCUCGCCUCUUUUUGCGGCGGGAGCCCCCAUCCUGCCCGCCGGAAUCGUCCUGAACGUCAACUACCCGACGUUCUCCGCCUCGUGCCCGACUGCCUCGGCGUUCAAGUUCGUGCUUACGCGCAUUAACGCGGACAGCAGCGCGACGGAUGUCCAGACGUGUGGGUCUACGCACCUGCCUACUGAAUCCAGCGUCGUGGCCAAAUCGGGAUGUUUCGUUAGUGUCAGCGUGAUGGAGGCCUCGAACAAGGGGGAUGCGCCAGCCGCGACUCAGGCGAUCGUUCUUAGCAAAUUGACCUCCAUCUUGUCCUGCUCGACCUGAGCAUAUACUUGUACGAUUAGCUGAUAUAAACGGCACAGUCCAUGACGUUAUACAAUGUGUGUGUUUCAUCUUUGUCUUUGUCCGCUGUUAAAACGUAGUGGUCAUAUGGGGUCAAUUCGAGUGUGCGACUUUUACGCUUCAAGCCCGUCGAGGCAAAGGCCACUAUGUGGUUAUCAGCUGGGACGUUCAGUGAGCAGGUUUGACUCUCCGGCUUGGCAGGUAGGUAUGUAUGCCUCAGUCUUCUGUGCAUGUUGAUCCGAGGACAGGCCGCAUCCCGUAUGGAGAGAAUCCGAGCUUUGUGAUUAUGGGAGGAGAAAGAGAGAUGCGUUAAGUAUUACUACCAUCGUUCCGGCUGGUUGCAAAUUGCGCGGCCGCCGUCCCCCAUUCUCGACGUGAUGGGAGGUGGAGCAGUAGUGACAUGCCGCCGUCGCCGGGCAGCUGUGACUCAAACCUUUCCCAGGUAUUCUUGUGAGGUAGGCGUCGGAAUCUCAUCGGGCAUAAUCAAGAGGUACUAUACAUGAUGGUAAGACAACACGGGCAGUUCAAGAUCGUUGAAAAAAUAGUAUUCAUGGUAGUAGACAAGAGAAAAUGAACUUGAACUGCAUGGAACAUCAACCAAUUGCACAG